AUGCCACCAAACAGUGCCCAUGGCAAGUUGGACAGCGAGGAGACAAACGCAGCAGCGUGGCAAGCCACAAGAGGAGCUGUUACAGGAGCAGCAAGGUGGGGCAUCUAUUCUGCAGUCGCAGCUGGCAUUGCAUAUGCUUAUUCCCCAGUAUAUCGGGGCCUGACGGUUCAGUUCAAGGUCUUCCUCCAAAUGUCUGGUAUGAUAUUCGGCAGUGUCAUAGAAGCGGACGAACGCUUGCGUAUCUACGGCGAUCAGUCACGGCGUCAGAAAGUCAUGGCCCGGGACGCCGCUGUAUGGAGAAAGUACGAAGAGGAGUUUGAAAGUUUGGGUAUCCCUGGUGUUGCUAGCGAGGCUAGAACAAAGAAGGAACAGCAGCAGGAGAAGUGA